AUGUUCAGAGCCGUCGCAAGAAGCCCUCUUUCGCUCGCAAGAACCUACGCCACCGGCAAGGUCACCGGUCAGUUCACUGGUAAGCCAGGCCCGGACGGCAAGUACACCGUCACCAUGAUCCCUGGUGAUGGUAUUGGUCCCGAGAUUGCAGCCUCUGUGGAGGCCAUUUUCAAAGAGGCCAAGGUCCCAAUUACUUGGGAGCCUGUCGACGUGACUCCAUCGCUGAUCAAUGGUAAGACCACCUUGCCAGCUGAUGCUGUUGCUUCCAUCAACAAAAACCUGGUCGCUUUGAAAGGACCACUGGCUACCCCUGUUGGUAAAGGUCACCAGUCGAUGAACCUGACCUUGAGAAGAACCUUUGCUCUUUUUGCCAACGUCAGACCAUGUAAGAGUGUGCAAGGUUACAAGACUCCAUACGAGAACGUCGACACUGUUUUGAUCAGAGAAAACACUGAGGGUGAGUAUUCUGGUAUCGAGCACGAGAUUGUGCCUGGUGUUGUGCAAUCCAUCAAGUUGAUCACCAAGCCAGCCUCUGAGAGGGUGAUCAGAUACGCUUUUGAGUACGCCAAGUCCGUCAACAAGCCAGAGGUCAGAGUUGUCCACAAGGCCUCCAUCAUGAAGCUUUCCGACGGUUUGUUUGUGGAGACUGCCAAGGAAGUCGGCAAGGAAUACCCAGACAUCAAGCUUUCCUUUGAGUUGCUCGACAACACCUCCCUCAAGCUCUGUGCAGACCCAUCUGAGUACAAGUCCUUAGUCAUGGUGAUGCCAAACUUGUAUGGUGACAUUAUGUCUGACCUAUCCUCUGGUCUCAUUGGAGGCCUGGGAUUGACCCCAUCUGGUAACAUGGGUAACAAAGUGUCUAUUUUCGAGGCUGUUCACGGUUCUGCCCCAGAUAUUGCCGGCAAGGGUCUUGCCAACCCUACCGCUCUCUUGCUUUCCUCAUGUAUGAUGUUGAGACACAUGGAGCUGAACUCCCAUGCCGACAAGAUCGAGAACGCUGUUCUGAAUACCAUUGCCUCUGGCCCAGAAAACAGAACUAGAGACUUGAAGGGAACCUCCACCACCACUCACUUCACGGAGCAGGUGAUCAAAAAUUUAUAG